AUACAGCUGGGUUGUCAGUCACCAAUGCGCGUUUCAUUGUUAUAUUAGAAAUUAACGACUUAUAAUUUUAUAUUUAAACUUAGUUAAUAAAUGAAGCAAUUCAAUUUCAAGAUAAUAUAUCUCUCUUGGGUGUAUCGGCUUCCAAUCAAGCUUUUUCAAUUUGAAGACUGAUAGAAGUUCUAACGUAAAAUUACUGUGAUAACAAUUCAACAUCAGCGUGCCUUUUGUAAUUGAAUUCAUCAAAUCAAAAUGGUUCGUACUAAACACUCUCGGAACGGUAACACCAAACGCAAUAGGACCAGCUUCCAGGAAGAAAAAUUAAAUGCAAAACUUAGAGACUUCGAUAUUUAUGCUAACAGCAUGUUUGUUUCACUGGAAUCUAUUAUGACGGAGGAACUCGAUGAACUUAGCAGAAUGUUCAAAACUGAGAAAAAUCGAAUGCCAAAAAGAAUACUUCAGAUGCGGAUGAGUGAUUUGAAGUUGAUGGGUGUUCAAACAUUCGCAGAUCUCGAUAAGCUGGCAGUAGAUUCGUGUGACACGUUAAGUGCGAUGAAUUCCAACGAGCUUUUACAUAUUUCUCAGAACGGAGCUCAAGACAAAGGCGCGAAGCUGUCGAAAUCUGAUGAAGGUUACCUAACCGAGGACAGUGCCAUCAGCAGUAUCCCAUCAGAUGUCCUAUCUUCUGCCAAAGCCCGUCCCUAUGGGCCUCUUGCCUCGGCAAUGCAAAACCGUCGCCGCAGCAAAUCUGUGUCAAAUCAUACUACUCCUGCAAAAGGCCACUCGUCUCUACUUCUUGGUAUUAAAUCAAAGAAAACAUUCGGCGGAAGUCAGUCGCUGUUUGGAGAUAACGCACGCCAUUCUCGGCCUAAGUUCCGCACACCUUGCGCCGGUAAUCGGACACAGGCCGUGAGUGCAGACCGCGGAAUGAGUUUAAUUACCCCUAAAGUACAACCAAACACCCCGAUGGCUCUCAUGCGCCACGCUCGAAUCGGUGAGUGUAUUUAUUCUGUCACUGGUAGCCCUGUUAUUACGGCGGCGAUGAUGGAGGAAACGGCUAAUGUUAAUAUUCCGGUUGCCAAUGGGGUGCUUUCAAUUCGUCCGACGGAAAUGGAUAGUUUCGAUCCGGGCCUGUUGCAGAAGAUUGAUUCGGGUACGCUGGAAAAUCUGAAGAAGUUGCAAAUGAACCUGAACAAAAUCAUGCAAAUCGCAGAAGAGCAUAAUUUUAAGAAAUCGUGAGAAAAAGCGUCCUGUGUUCGUAUCAUUUGUAUGGUUUAGGUAUAGUUUAAUUUAAUUUCAUUGAUGUCAUACUUUUUAAUUUUUUUCAAAUACAAUGCAUUUUUUCGUGAUUGUCACGUUUUACGCUUUAAUAGAGCUGCGACAUUUUGCAUCGUGUUGAUAUUCACCCCGAUUCUGUAUUUCGUUCGAACCGGAUUGUUUUGAUUGAAUACGAAAUUUACAAGGGUUUUUUGGUUUCAUUAAACGCAUAACUGCGCGAUCUCAAUAAAAUGUUGCAUUUUAACACUAUUUUGUCCAUAUGUGACCUAAAAAGAAACUUGCUAUCCAUGGUCAGUCCUAGAUAAACUGCCUCAUUCAAUCAGACGGGCAAAUUCAGUAGUGUUCUAGUUCUAGAUGCAUAAUUUAUGUCAGUUUUAAAAUUUAAAUCUAGAAAUUAUAACAAAAUAAACUGGCAGCCCCAGCAGCGUUUUAUCUGUGUUUCAAAUUCAGAAAAAAUAACGGCAAUGUAUACCAGUUUUAAAUUUGACAGUAGAACAGGUCGAAUAAAUAAAACUAAAACGGAUUGCUUGGGAUACGUUUGUUUCAGUUUCAUUUACAUUAUAGACCACCCAUAUGAAUCUUGC